AUGAAAAGCGACGAUGAGAUGGCCAAAGUUUCGACGGAGGAGGAAACGAGAGAGGAAUAUGAAGAAGACGAAAGCGAUACCGAUAGUGGACGCGCAUGGAGUGUCGACACAGAAGAGGAUGAAGGAGUCGUGAGACCUCCUAGAAUUAAUUAUUUAAGCAUGCAAGAUCCGGAACCGGAGUGGGAUGUGGACAGCUUCGAUGGUUACGAAUGUUACGACUCUGAGGACCGUAAAAGCUUCUCCGACGAGGAGUACGAAGAGUUCCGCCAAUUUAAGAUACAGGCCUGGAAGAAUAGGGGAUUUUUUGAAGAAGAUCCAUUCAGGUUCAUCUUCCCCCUUACUGAUCUGGAAGAACCUUGGAUUGACAUGACCACCAGGGAAUAUUUGGCGUAUAUUGCCUCUUUAUGUGUUAAGAAACUCAAUGAGGAGAAGGGUUCCACUGUGGAAGUUGUAUGCAUUGUGAGAGGUAAUCUAAAAGUAGGAGGCGGGUGGAAGCUCUACAUUACGUUUAUGGCUCGAGAGUUUCCGAGUGGGCCUCUCGUGGAAUAUCAAGCAAAGGCCAUGGACUUUGCAGGAGGCAAAAAACCUCCCUUUCCUAUUCUCUGCAGACCAGCCUCUAGCAUAUUAUAG